CGAAAACAUUAUCGGAUGUGAGCGAUAACUACUGUGCAAAACAUGAUGAGCGUACUCAGAAAAUUACCGAACCCGGCCGGCGAAAGAAAUAAGGAUCCCAUUUUGAGCGUUCUGAAGCGAUUCCUGAACAAAACGAAGCCAAAUCUACAGCUGCUGGAAAUUUCGUCCGGCGUUGGAUUGCAUUCGUCGUACUUUGCACCGCAUUUUCCCAACAUUACCUUUCAAACGAGCGAAUACGACACAACGCUGUUCGACAGCAUCCAAGCGUACCAACGGGACGCUGGCUCGGUUAAUGUGCUUCCUCCAAUCUUCAUCGAUGUCUCACAACCUUUAGCCGAUUGGGAGAAUGAUGCCAACAUCGAACAAUCUACCUCGACCGCGCGCUUCGAUUACAUGCUCAACAUCAACAUGUUGCACAUCUCACCAUUGGAAUGUGCGAUAGGAUUGUUCAAAAAUGCUGGACUACUGCUGAAACCUGACGGGUUGCUCAUAACGUACGGACCGUACGCCGUGGAUGGAGUUCUUGUGCCGGAAAGCAAUGUUCGCUUUGACAAAUCCCUGCAAGAGCGCGACGAUCGAUGGGGCAUACGUGACACGAGCGUUUUGAAAAAACUGGCCGAUCGUAGCGGUAUCACGCUGGAGGAGAUGAUCGACCUUCCGGCGAACAACAAAUGUUUGAUUUGGAAAAAACGGACAUAAAUUUAUUGAACAUAAAUGUUUGAC